ACGCGUCCUUUGUAACAAAAAAAUAUUAUAUAUAAUCUCAAGGACGACAAUUCCGCAGAUAUUUGUCUUUUCCUCUCCGUUCCUCCAAAAUUCCCAAAUCAUGAAACCCUAAUUCCAUCAAUCUCACAAUAAUAAUACCCAAUUCCUCAGAUCUAUCCAUAAAGUUCACAUCUUUAUCGAUUUCUCUCACUCUGAAACCUCAUAUUUCUCGUGCAAUCCAAUCAGUUAUUUUUUUAGAUCAAUGACAAUUGAGUAUUGAAUAUCGAUUGAUUUAUCAUUAGGGUUUUGUUUGAUUUUGAAAUUAUCCAUGGAUGGGAACAAGGAUGAUGCCUUGAAGUGCUUGAAAAUCGGCAAAGAUGCUUUGGAAUCCGGUGAUAAAACUCGUGCUUUAAAGUUCAUCGCUAAAGCGCGCCGUCUCGAUCCAACACUCUCUGUCGACGAUCUUUUAUCAGGGAUUGAGAAAGAUCCAUCUUUUGAUCAAACGGCUAAUGGACCCGCUAGCACAACAUCAUCGACAACAACAGCGACCAGUAAUGAACCAAAGGUACGCCAGCGGGUUCCCUCCACUGGGCCAUCAUCAGCUGCCUCUGCCACGUCUUCUACCUCCACGUAUACGGAGGAGCAGAUUACGAUCGUGAGGCAAAUUAAGAAAAAGAAAGAUUUUUAUGAUAUUUUGGGGUUGGAGAAAACUUGUACUGUUGAUGAUGUGAGAAAAGCUUAUCGGAAGUUAUCUCUUAAAGUACAUCCUGAUAAGAAUAAGGCUCCUGGAGCUGAAGAAGCAUUUAAAGCUGUUUCCAAGGCAUUUCAGUGUCUUAGUAAUGAGGAGAGCAGGAAAAAGUAUGAUGUCACUGGAAGUGAUGAGCCUCUUUAUGAGAGAAGAGCUACUAGGCAUCAUCAUGGAGGGUAUAAUGGGUAUUAUGAUGAUUUUGAUCCUGAUGAGAUCUUUAGGCAAUUUUUCUUUGGAGGAAUGCCUCCUGCGACUACCCAAUUCAGGAGUUUUAAUUUUGGAGGAGGUAUGGGGCCGAGAACAGCUGAUAAUGCAUCUGGGUUCAAUAUGCGUCCAUUGAUUCAGUUACUGCCUGUUCUUGUUAUUUUGCUUUUGAAUUUUUUGCCAUCUUCGGAGCCUAUUUACUCGCUUUCCAGAUCAUAUCCUUAUGAGUAUAGGCUUACUACUCAGAAAGGGGUUAACUUUUAUGUGAGGAGUACUAAGUUUGAGCAGGAUUAUCCACUAGGUACCCAUGAAAGGGCAACUUUGGAAGCCAAAGUGGAGAGAGAUUAUGUGUCUGUUCUUUCUCAGAAUUGCAGGUUUGAAUUGCAGAGGCAGCAGUGGGGUUUUGUACGGGAGACUCCUCAUUGCGAAAUGUUGCAGCAGUUUCAAUCUGGGGCCUCGACGGCCUGAUGAGUUGGAAUUAAGGUUGCGUUUUAAUAUUUGUUUAGAUUUUACUAUUUAAAUUGCGAAGGUUGCAUAUGAUGUAAUAUUGAUAGAUUAAGGCCAAUAAUUAUUUCUUCCAUUUUCUUA